CUGGUACAUGAAUAGCUGUCGAUGGAAGUUGUCAUUUCCAUUGACCUCGUCGAGUCCAACCUUUGAACUUAUAAGGUCAUCCCACUUUAUACUCCCGCUGCAACGAUAGAAUAUUCGAUAAAAUUAGUAUCAAAGAAUCAAUAUCUAUCAAGUUUUAAAGACUGAAAGAAGAAAUAUCUUGUUUAUAUAAAUUUUUGGUGGAAUUACUGUGAAAUGAUUUUUCUGAACUCAAAUUGAUAGCUUCAUCGUCUGAAAUAGCUGCAACAUGAUUUUUACGUUUUAAUUAAGCUUGGACAAAUUUACCAAAAAUAAAUUUCAUCAUUUUUAGAUAUUGAUAAAACAAGGGCCAGUCGGUGGAAAUAUUUGUCAGGGAUACAAAGCUAAAAUACAAAGAUGAAUAUAAACAUUUGUAUAUUGUGAUGAGAGAAGAAAAAAUUAUGGAAAAUGAAUUGUGCCAGAACAAUGUUAAAUAUAAAAUACUGUGCAAAAGGAUUGGUAUUUUUGAUGAUACAGAGGAAGGAAAAGAGAAGCUAUAUCACUGCGAUAUCUGUAGUAAAUCUUUCUUACAUAAAAGUAAUCUCAGUUCUCACAGACGUACACAUACAGGAGAGAAACCAUAUCACUGUGACAUCUGUGGUAAUUCAUUCUCUGCAAAAAGCUCAUUAACUACUCACAGACGCAUCCAUACGGGAGAGAAACCAUAUCACUGCGAUAUCUGUAAUAAAUCAUUUUCUCAUAGAAAUACUAUGACUAGACAUUUAUACGUUCAUACAGGAGAGAAACCAUAUCACUGUGAUAUCUGUGGUAAUUCAUUCUCUGCAAAAAGCUCAUUAACUAUUCACAGACGCAUCCAUACAGGAGAGAAACCAUACCACUGUGAUAUCUGCGGUAAAUCGUUCUCUGUAAUUAACCACUUGACUAUUCACAUGCGUAUUCAUACAGGAGAGAAGCCAUAUCACUGUGAUAUCUGUGGUAAAUCGUUCUCCCAAAACGGCGAGGUCACUAUUCACAAACGCAUUCAUACAGGGGAGAAGCCAUAUCACUGUGAUAUCUGCGGGAGAUUGUUCUCUCAAAAUGGGGAGGUUACUACUCACAAGCGUACUCAUACGGGAGAAAAACCAUAUCAUUGUGAUAUCUGUAGUAAAUCGUUUUCUCAUGGGAAUACAUUAGCUGCUCACAAACGCAUCCAUACAGGAGAGAAACCGUACCAGUGUGAUAUCUGUGGCAAAUCGUUUUCCCAUCAAAACACAUUAACUAAACACGAUCGAAUACACACAGGAGAGAAACCUUAUCACUGUGACAUUUGUGGAAAAUCGUUCUCUGAGGGAGGUGUCUUAACUAAACAUAAACGUAUUCAUACAGGAAAGAAGCUAGACACCUCUGGUCAGUCAGUCGUCAGAAAAAGGCUUGCAUAACUAGACAUAUGUAUUCAUACAAAAGAGAACUAAAUCAUCAGCAUUGUUUAACAUCCGUCUUCCAUGCAUUAAUUAAAGAAGUUAAUUACUGCUCAGUGCAUUACAUCUGAGCCAACCUUACAGACCCGAUAAUAAUAUUACAAUAAACUGUAUUAGGAUAAUAGUAAUACUAAUAUGUUAAGCACAUUUGUGUACAGGCCUCUGUUGCAGUGACUGUCAGCAAAGACAAAUUCUUCUUGUAGACAACAUGUGUGAAACGCUCCCUAAGAUAAUUAAUGUGCAUACAUGCUUAAAUUCACAUAGGGGUAGGUGUGGGUGCCUUGUGUGUUAUAUAUCUGUAUGAGCGCUAUAAGUGUGUGUGUGUGUAUGUAUAUAUGCAUGUAUAUAUAUAUAUAUAUAUAUCUAUAUAUAUAUAUAAGUUACCUCAUCAUUUCGUUUUUGUCUUGCUAUUAUAUGUUUUAUUAUGAACUCCCUGAAGAGAAAUAUAUGAGGAAUCCCAGCAGCUCUUACUUUUUUGUGAAGGAGCUCUCAUUUAUUUUGAAACAUGUGUAGGAAUUAAAGGAACUUUUAUUUAUAUGCGUUUUGCUCCAUUUAUUAUCAUUAUUAUAUAUAUAUGGGAUCUACUGACUACUUGAAACGUUAUUUUGACUCUCAUAAGAACCCACCACAAAAACCAACAUCUAAUUGGAUUUGAAGAAAACUUAAUGACUAGCAUUAAAAAAUGUAAAAUUCAAACGCCAUCUUCUACAUUAUAAUGAACAUUUAUGAAAAUUAAAUUAAUUAA